AUGUCUGAGUGUGACAAGUAUGAAGUUCUGGAAAAGAUUGGACACGGCUCUUUUGGGGUUAUCAGAAAAGUUCGCCGAAAACAGGAUGGUCAGAUUCUUUGUCGCAAAGAAAUUAGCUAUCUGAGGAUGAGCCAGAAAGAACGAGAGCAAUUACACGCAGAAUUUGCCAUCCUCUCCUCCUUACGCCAUCCGAACAUUGUUGGUUACUACCACCGGGAGCAUCUCAAGUCAACCCAAGAUCUACAUCUUUACAUGGAAUAUUGUGGAAAUGGUGACCUUGGGAGAGUCAUUCAAAACCUUGUUCAUCGAAAUGAAUAUGCUGAUGAAAAUUUUGUCUGGAGCAUGUUUGCACAACUCACUACAGCUCUCUAUCGUUGCCACUAUGGUACAGAUCCUCCCGAACCAACUUUUGUCGCAAAUGGAGCGGCCAAACUUUCUAAACCCAAACAACCUGUCGGAAGUGUCAUGAUCUUACAUCGAGAUUUGAAGCCUGAAAAUGUCUUUCUCGGCGAAGACAAUUCAGUAAAACUUGGUGAUUUUGGCCUUUCCAAAAUAAUGCAGUCGCAUGAUUUUGCAUCCACUUACGUCGGCACACCAUUUUACAUGUCCCCCGAAAUCUGUGCCGCCGAGAGAUAUACACUUAAAUCAGAUGUUUGGUCACUUGGCUGCAUAAUGUAUGAACUAUGCUCGAGAGAACCCCCAUUCAACGCAAAAACUCAUUUUCAGCUUAUCCAAAAGAUAAAAGAAGGUCGAUUGGCACCAUUACCUAGCAUUUAUAGCGUUGAACUUAGGCGCGUAAUCAGCGAUUGCCUUUUAGUCAACCCCGACCGUCGACCAGACACCGCCUCACUACUUGAUAUACCCCCUGUGAAACUUGUCCGAAGAGAGAGGGAGAUGAUCAUAUUGUCGAAAAGUAUCAAGAAACGAGAAGAGAUGGUAGCAAUGAAGAUUCUUGAAACAGAGGAGAAAAGUCGAUCCCUUGACGCAGCAAAGAUUCAAAUGCAGCAAGAUAUUGAGACAAAAGUAAGAAAGGAAUGGGAAGUUAAAGCCCAGCUUGAAAUCAAUAGUCAAGUGCAAAUUGAAAUAGAUCGCUUACAGAAAAAAUUCGAUGAAGAGGUGAGACUGAAGGUGGAAGCUGAGGUUGGGAGAAGAGAAAAUAACCAUGGACAAUCCAACUCAAAGAGUCAAACUGUAGCGUUAGAGCUAUCGGAAUCUGGCUCCAACACUACCGAUAAGAAUUCUCGGGCCUCACAAAACACAGACGAGGACGAUAUUUUUGAUGAAUCUCCUGACGUGCCUAAUUUAUUCUUUGAAUCCUUGGAAUCAAUGGAUUUUCCCAAAAGAAGAGCACGGACCCCCUUUGUCCGGGCCCAAACAAUGUUUGCCGCUACUCCCAUGGAUAUCGAGAUGGCAGAGCCCUCCCCUAUCUCGAUCGCUUCUCUCUCAUUAUCCCCACGACGCAACGCCCUCAAGGGAAGAAAUAUAUUCGCUAACGCGAAUGGAUCCGAGAACCGCUGGCAACCUACACUCACCAACUCAGAUGAAUCGGACGAUGAUGACUUACCGCCAGUACCAUCACCUACCCGGGCCAUCUCUGCGAAAAAUCAAGCUCGGGUAAACAUAGAACGAUCAUUAACUAUGUCGCAAAAAUCCACACAAAUGCAAAAAAAGAGCGGAGGUCUAGCUAGCAAGACAGCUAACACCUCAUCACUUCCGUCCCUCUCAACUGCGCCGGAACUGCAACCCAAGAAAAGUAAUAACGCUUUGCGAGAGAUGGCAAACUCGCCGAAUCGACGUCUUUCCAAAAUUCCAUCAUCGACUAAUCUGACCUAUGAAAACACACCUGUUUCACCACAGAGGAAAAUCAGUCUUAAGCGCCACCCUCAUACUGAUGAUUUAAACAAGCUUGCCACGAAAAAUAUGACGAUCAAGACUUCUACAACCAAUAUACCCCCCAAAGGUAGAACGCUUGUAGAACUCGCGCAGGCUAGAGCAGGGGGUAGGCCUAUCCACAUCGAUGCUAAUAGGAGUCCCGAACCAAAAGGUCGCCCGUAUGCGUCCCGUACGGCCGAAAAGACUGUGGAAUCAAACCUCUGGGACCCUGAGCGUGACGAUAUGCCAAGUCCGUUCCUCGUUCGGACUCGUGCUCCAAUUCGCCGACUAUAG